GCGUAAACGGUCUCCUCAAUACCAAGACGAGAAAGGGGUAAACGUCCCCGUAAGCCCUUUUAAUCGCAGCCGAGCAACAAACCCAAGACUAUCUCGCGUAUCUAUUUAUAGUAAUUUUGACGGUUCAGACACAUUGGCUCGCAGUCGCCGCCCAGUUUGGUGUGACUCCCUUGGAGUGGAAUCCUUCGCUAAAUACGGACAGGCCUGGCUCUCUGUGACCAGCUUCGACACCACCCACCCGCCCCUUCUCACCGUGCCAUAGGAUGUCCCACAGCCCUGAGAUGAAGGACGACCCCAUGGAGUGCCCACUGUGCAUGGAACCGCUUGAGAUUGACGACGUCAACUUUUUCCCCUGCACAUGCGGCUACCAGAUCUGCCGCUUCUGCUGGCACCGCAUCCGCACAGAUGAGAAUGGCCUCUGCCCCGCCUGCAGAAAGCCGUACCCCGAGGAUCCAGCAGUGUACAAGCCCCUGUCACAGGAGGAGAUCCAGAGGAUAAAGAAUGAGAAGAAGCAGAAGCAGAAUGAGAAGAAGCAAAAGGUGACAGAGAACCGCAAGCACCUGGCCAGCGUCCGGGUGGUUCAGAGAAACCUGGUGUUUGUGGUGGGGCUCUCGCAACGGCUUGCUGACCCUGAGGUCCUUAAAAGGCCAGAGUACUUUGGAAAGUUUGGGAAAAUACAUAAAGUGGUAAUCAACAACAGCACAUCUUACGCAGGUUCACAGGGGCCCAGUGCCAGCGCUUAUGUCACUUACAUACGGUCUGAGGAUGCCCUCAGAGCAAUACAGUGUGUGAACAAUGUGGUGGUUGAUGGUAGAACUCUGAAGGCUUCUUUAGGCACUACAAAAUACUGCAGUUACUUCCUCAAAAGUAUGCAGUGUCCCAAACCAGAUUGUAUGUAUCUACAUGAGUUGGGAGAUGAGGCGGCUAGUUUUACUAAAGAGGAAAUGCAGGCCGGAAAACACCAAGAGUACGAACAGAAACUCCUCCAAGACCUUUAUAAAAUGAACCCAAGCUUUCUACAACCUCCAACAUGUGGAACAGACAAGUCAAAGAGUAAAACCAACUCCACACAAAGAGCCAACAACGGCAACAGUAAAGAUGGGUGGCCUACACUGUCAGGGCAUAACAAAUUGGCCAAUGGGCUUUCAGAGGACCGCAAAUCCCCUCCGCUGCUAGACUGCUAUCUAGACCAGGAAGUACUGACUUCAGACGGACUGGAAACAGAGCUGGGGUCUGGACAGGGUACCACCCUGUCCCCCUUCUCCUCCAACUGUGACAGUAACAGUCCCAACGACAAACCUCCAGAAUCUAUCAGUAUGGUGAACGGAGAGACCUUACAACAGAUACCCAACAGUGACUCCCCCUCCCCUCCCCCGGGCCUAACCAAGCCCAGCCUAGUGGUGCCCAUCAGCGUGUCAGACCUCACAGCCCGCUCGCCCUUUGAAGGCGCAGCAGCUGAGUCCCAGUCGCUCUUCUCAGACAACAGCAAUUUCAGACACCCCAACCCCCUCCCUGCCGGCCUGCCUCCCUUCCCAAGUUCCCCGCGCAGUGGCUCCGACUGGCCUAUGACCCCCGAACCACAGAGCCUGUUCACAUCAGACACAAUACCAGUGUCCUCAUCCACAGACUGGCAGGCAGCCUUUGGCUUCGGCUCGUCCUCCAAACAGCAAGAUGACGACCUGGGCUUUGACCCCUUCGAUGUCACUCGCAAGGCCCUGGCUGACCUAAUCGAGAAGGAGCUCUCUGUCCAGGAUCAGAGCCCGCGGUCCCCAGGGCCACUCUCCCAUGGGCACCACCACAGCGCCAGCCUGCCCCCCUCGAACCCCAACAACCCUCACAACUUCCCUGGUGGCCCGCCACGCCUCUCCCAGCUCCACCACAGAGCCGUCUACAGCUCCUUCAGCUUCCCCGGCAGUCAGAACAGCCAGGCCAGUCAGCAGCCGGCAGCCAGGCAUCCCUGGAUGGGCCUCCCCACACGCAAUAAUGUCACACACUUGAACCACUCGGCUGGCGCUGCCUCACACAGUAAUUUCCUAGACCUGAACCUGCCCCCUCAGCACAACACAGGACUGGGAGGGAUCCCCAUAUCAGAAAACAGCAGCUCUAUAGAAGGUUUAAAUGUGAAAGAGUGGCAGGAUGGCCUCAGAGCUCUUCUGCCCAACAUCAACAUCAACUUCGGGGGCCUUCCGAAUUCCUCCUCCUCCUCUUCCUCCUCAUCCUCCAGCAGUGUUAACCACAUUGGUGGGCCAGCCGGGCCGGCAGGAAUCUCGCACAGCCUCAGCUGGGACGGUACGGCCAGCUGGAUGGACCCUGCCAUCAUCACAGGUAUCCCUGCUACGGCAGGAAGCAGUUUAGACUGUCUCCAGGACGACAACCCACCACACUGGCUCAAGUCCCUGCAGGCGCUCACAGAGAUGGACGGCCCGGCCAGCUCAGCGGUGCCCACCCCCCAGCCCCUACACAGCGGCCUCCUUGACGGCCACCUGCCCCUCCACCACAGAGCUGCCGCUGGCUGGGCUCCGUACCUGCCCCCUCCCACUGCUAACCCCGCCAGUCAGUUCCACUCACCUCCCCCGGGCUUCCAGACAGCCUUCAGACCCCCGGGCCAGCCCGCCACAGAGCUGCUACAGAGUGCCUCUGUGGACCGCCACUGAACACAGACUACGAGCAGGCACCUGGCCAUUCUCCAACACCUCCGCCGCCACCUCAUUACCCCACUCACCUUACAUCGACAUCCCCUCCCAUCCCCUGUUGCGAUACACGACCAAUCUGCAGAUUAUAAAAAUUAUUAACAAAAUAACAAACAUGCUUUGUUCUUUCCUCUCUCUCUCUCUCUCUCUCUCUCUCUCUCUCUCUCUCUCUCCCCCUUUCUUUCUCUCUAUCUCUCAUUUUUGUCAACUCGGAAGGCCUGUUUGUUUUCCUUUGUCGCACUUGAGUGAUCGGUAUCCUUUGUCUGCUACCACCACCACUCCUUAGACCCCCUGCCUAGAUGUGGGCCUGACGCUGAAAUGUUUUGGGAUUAUGUAGCCAGCUGUCGUGAAGAGCAACAGUGCAGUAUAGCAAACAGUGUGCCCAGGGCCGUCACAAAGCGUUAACUCUAUUAAAGAGAUGAAACAGGCUGAAAGAGAGGUCUUUUUUAGGAAACUAAUGAUUAAGCAUGAACAACACAUAUGUUUGAAAGUUGAAGUCGCGAUUACUUUUGAGGAAUGAAGCAAGCUGUGAAUCUGGUCUAAAAGCUUUGCCCCAAAGACCCUCAUCCUCCCCACUGAGACUGGAGACUGAAACGGUUAAACGCUCACAGCACCAAUCCCUGGUGGUUAAGAGAAGGGUGAAGUCAGAGAAAAAGAGAGGGAGAGAAGAAACAAAAGUUAGCCCAUAGCUUUUUAAAAAUUAUGUUCAGGAUCAGUUAGUUGGCGUAUAUGGAUGAGUGAGGGGGAGUUGGGGGCACAGGCUAUGCAUGGGCUCCCUGUUAGGCAGGGACACAAGUGGCUCGACUGAAGGGCCACUUGGCCCACGUUUCCCUCCAGUGGAGGGCUCCCCAUGGGGGGGGCGGGGGCGUCCUAUUGGAGGGGAGAUUUUGCUGAACCUCUGUAUCAGAGGAUGGAGCACUGCCUAACGGAGGGAAGCCAGGGCUUUGGGAGAUAGCGGCACACGUCCCGAUCACUAGGGUUGGGACUGAUACUUACAGUGCCACUGUGUGGCACCUACAGUAGCUAGCCCUAACUGGGAUCGUCACCAGUAGAUGGGGAAAUGACUUGACUGAUGAGGACGUGACAGAUAUACUGGAGCCAAUAGGGUUAGCAGGUCCCUCCCCCUUGUUUAACCCAGAAAGGUUUAAACGAGGCCUUAAAUCCAACAUGAGAGAAAGGAGCUGGAGUGAUUGGAAAAUAGAUAAAGCAUUAUGAUCGCUAGGGGAAAAAAAUAAGCACCUAAUGGAGAAAAACAUUGAGAUAACAUUUGUAAUUGUGGAAACAGUGAGUGUGUGUCUCAGAAGGUGCUGCCGCACAAUACAAAGUACUGUCGUAGCAAGGUGCUCUCAGCCUCUGGGCCGUGAGACUGGCCUGUCCUACCGCAGCCUUUUCUUUAUGAAGUCUUAACCCUGAUCCGUGUUCUCUCUUGCUGUCUCUCUCUUUCUCUUUCUCUCUACCCCAGCUGACCUCCUCUUCCUAUUAAACAGUAUUCACAAGAUGAAUGAACUCAUCCAGGAGAAAACGACACAAAGUAAAACAAUGGGUUAUAACAUGAUCUUGAGGAAAACAAAAUUGAGGCGCUUAAAAAGGAAAAUGAACUGUUCUCUGCAGGUCUGGAAAAAACCUUAAAUAAAACUGAAAGCUCAUCGCUGG